CGUAUCAGUGCCGGCGCGUCGGGAAAUAACCUCAUUCUGCAUACUGACUGUUAUUUAGAAGGUCUUCUCUUCAAUUCUGCCGUCGAUUUAGAAAAGGUGAUACCGGCAGAAGUGUGAUCCAUAGCUCAAGUACCGCCAUGGCUGCGCUGUCGGGAGGAGAGAUGUGCAUCAAAUACCUGAUGUUUGCCUUCAACCUGAUAUUCUGGCUUGCAGGCACUGCUGUCUUCGCUAUAGGCCUGUGGCUAAGAUUAGACCCAAAGACCAAAGGCCUGUUUGAAGGAUCAGACUCUCCGUAUGUGUUUUACACAGGUGUAUAUAUCCUGAUAGGGGCUGGAGCACUGAUGAUGGUGGUGGGUUUUCUGGGAUGUUGUGGGGCCAUCCAGGAGUCUCCCUGUAUGCUGGGACUGUUCUUCUUCUUCCUGCUUAUCAUAUUUGCCAUUGAAGUUGCAGCAGGAAUCUGGGGAUUUUCUAACCAAAGCAAGGUGGUGAAUGAUAUCACAGCAUUCUACAUGCAGACCUACAAAAACUUUGAGACGACAGGAGAUGAGCGCCUCAAAGAGACACUGCGGGUGAUCCAAACCGGGCUGAACUGUUGUGGACCAACUGGUACUGUAAUUGAUGCUGCCAAAGACACCUGUCCAAAAGGAGAACCACUAGAGGUGCUCAUUACGAAGAGCUGUCCUGACGCCAUUGAUGAGGUGUUUGACUCCAAGCUUCACAUCAUAGGAGGAGUGGGCAUCACCAUAGGUGUUGUUAUGGUGUUUGGGAUGAUCUUUAGCAUGCUCCUGUGCUGUGCCAUCAGGAAGUCUCGGGAGAUCGUGUGACACCCACUGUCGCACCCUUAAGUCCUUAUUAAUGUUGCAUGAUGUCAUUCCUAGGGUCACAUGACUCUCCACUGCCUAUAGAAACACUGCUUGUUAAAGGGGGAUAACCUAAGCUAGGCUGGGUGCAGAUAUUUCUGAUUAUUCAAUUAUACGUUAGUUAUAACUGUGCUGCUGACACUUAGGCCUACCUUUAUGGACUAUAUAGAUGCAAUGUGGUUAUUUGGCCCAACUAUAGAAUGGGUGUCAUCUGUGCUUCAGUGGCAAUGUAGUACAGAAAUGUGUAAUUUUGUGGUCAUUUGAUUGAAAUUAGUGUUUGUGAACUGCUAAUUAUCUAAACAAAAGAUCAUAUUGUAUUACUGAUCACAUUUCUCACCUACCGGUAAGAAGAGUCAUGGACCAGGGCCAUAAGAAAAGGCAGCCACAACCACUUCAGCACAGUACAGCAGCAGCCAAUGAAAUUCUUCAAUUCCUUUUUCGUACAACACUGAAGUCAAACCAUGGUGACUAGUAGCCAAGUGAAUGCCGAGCUGUGAACUGUAGUGACUGUGGGUUUGUUCCAGCUUGGUAUUAGAGUAGCAGUUUGGUUCCUGUGGCAUUUAAUUUGUUCCUUUCCUUUCUUUAUCCAUCUCCAUACUUGCCCUUUUAAAAAAAAAUGCCUUUAAUUUUGUCACGUUUUGUAAAUGUCUUCUUUUUUAAUUUGUAAAAGAUUUCUACAUUUAGGUGGUUGUACGGUACGGUGCGGUUUGAUGAUGUAUUUUAUAAUAUCCUUUUAAUUUUACAGAGAUUGGAUUGAUUUAUACCAUAUGCACUAUGUUUUACAGAGACAGAAAUUAAUGAGAACCAAAUAAAACCAAACUAACUAUG